AUGGCAGAGACGUCGUCCACUCCAGCCAAAGCCAAAAAGGCGUCCAAGCCCAAGAAGCCGGCUUCCCACCCCAAGUACUCGGACAUGAUUAAAGCGGCUAUCGUCCACGACGCCAGCCGGAGCGGCGCUUCCCGCCAGUCCAUCCAGAAGUACGUCCGGAAGAACUACAAAGUGGGCGACAACGCCGACGUCCAGAUCAAGAUGGCCCUGAAGCGGCUGGUGGCGUCCGGGAUGCUGCGCCACACCAAAGGCAUCGGCGCGUCCGGCUCCUUCAGGCUGACCAAGCCGGAGGACACCAAGAAGUCCAGCAAGGCGGCACCGGCGCCGGCCGCCAAAGCCAAGAAAGUGGUCAAGCCCAAGCCCAAGAAGGCGGCCAAGCCCAAGAAGGUGCCCAAGACGCCGGAGAAGCCCAAGAAGGCGGCCGUGAAGAAAGUCAAGAAGGUCGCCAAGAAGGCGACCCCGGCCAAAGCCAAGAAGGCUCCGGCCAAGAAGCCCAAGGCGGUCAAGCCCAAGGCCAAACCGGCCAAGAAGGCGGCCAAGCCCAAGGCCAAGGCGGCCAAGAAGGGGGCCAAGACAUCCAAAAAGAAGUAA